UGCUGCUGCUGCUGCUUCUUCUUCUUCCUCCUCCUUUUGGCGAACAAAGAGCCCGCGAGAGAGAGAGAGAGAGCUCCGGAGGAGGCGGACUAGGCAGCCCAAGGCCCUUGGCCCGGAGAGAGGGAGAGGGAGAGAGGCAGGGCGAGCAUGGCGGACCGGAGCCUGGAGAGCCUCUCGCUGCCGCUGGAGGUGAGGGCCCGCCUGGCCGAGCUGGAGCUGGAGCUCUCCGAAGGUGACAUCACACAGAAGGGCUAUGAAAAGAAGAGAUCAAAAUUAAUUGGGGCCUACUUGCCACAACCUCCAGCGGCGAAUGGAGCUGCCGCGGUACGGUGUAGACUGCAGCACAGUGAAGGGGCCGCGAGAAGGACGAUCCGCACUGGCAACAUUGGGGUCUGUGACAUCCGGGAAGCAGCAGCUAGAGAGCGCUCAGCACCGCACAGCACAGCGGCAAACCGGCCUCUCUUUUACUUUCGCUUUGGAGUGGAUCAAGCACUGCCACAAGAACGCCGAACCCCCGUUACUCCUUCCUCCUCCUCUCGCUACCAUCGCCGCAGGUCCUCAGGGUCACGUGAUGAGCGCUAUCGGUCAGAUGUUCAUACAGAAGCAGUCCAGGCAGCUCUUGCAAAACAUAAAGAAAGGAAAAUGGCUGUCCCUAUGCCGUCCAAGAGACGCUCAUUGGUGGUACAAACAUCAAUGGAUGCCUACACACCCCCAGAUACCUCAUCUGGUUCAGAAGAUGAAGGCUCUAUACAGGGCGACUCACAGGGAACUCCAACCUCAAGCCAAGGGAGUAUAAACAUGGAACACUGGAUCAGUCAAGCAAUCCAUGGCUCUACUACAUCUACAACGUCUUCAUCUUCAACACAAAGUGGUGGCAGUGGUGCUGCGCAUAGGCUAGCUGAUGUAAUGGCACAAACACAUAUAGAAAAUCAUUCCGCACCUCCAGAUGUUACCACUUAUACCUCGGAACAUUCAAUACAAGUAGAAAGACCGCAAGGUUCAACGUCAAGGGUGGCACCAAAAUAUGGAAAUGCUGAACUUAUGGAAACUGGUGAUGGAGUUCCAGUAAGUAGCAGAGUGUCAGCAAAAAUUCAGCAACUAGUCAACACUCUAAAACGACCCAAACGACCACCAUUACGAGAAUUUUUUGUAGAUGACUUUGAAGAAUUAUUAGAAGUUCAACAGCCAGACCCAAACCAACCAAAGCCAGAGGGAGCUCAGAUGCUGGCGAUGCGUGGAGAACAGCUGGGUGUGGUUACGAAUUGGCCUCCAUCUCUUGAAGCUGCUUUGCAACGAUGGGGCACCAUUUCCCCGAAAGCUCCUUGCCUAACCACUAUGGAUACCAAUGGAAAACCACUGUAUAUUCUCACUUACGGCAAACUCUGGACCCGCAGUAUGAAAGUAGCUUACAACAUACUUCAUAAAUUGGGCACAAAGCAAGAACCCAUGGUGCGACCAGGAGACAGAGUAGCACUAGUAUUCCCCAACAAUGACCCUGCUGCUUUUAUGGUAGCAUUUUAUGGCUGCUUACUUGCAGAAGUUGUCCCUGUUCCUAUUGAAGUGCCACUUACCAGAAAGGAUGCAGGAAGCCAACAGAUAGGCUUCUUGCUUGGCAGCUGUGGUGUUACUGUGGCCUUGACUAGUGAUGCGUGCCAUAAAGGACUGCCUAAGAGCCCCACUGGGGAAAUACCACAGUUUAAAGGCUGGCCGAAACUGCUGUGGUUUGUCACAGAGUCCAAACAUCUUUCAAAACCUCCCCGAGACUGGUUCCCACAUAUCAAAGAUGCAAACAAUGACACAGCUUAUAUUGAGUACAAAACGUGUAAAGAUGGAAGCGUUCUCGGGGUUACUGUGACAAGAAUUGCACUGCUGACCCAUUGUCAAGCUCUUACACAAGCAUGUGGAUACACAGAAGCUGAAACGAUUGUGAAUGUGUUAGAUUUCAAGAAAGAUGUUGGCUUGUGGCAUGGGAUUCUUACGAGUGUUAUGAACAUGAUGCAUGUCAUAAGCAUCCCCUAUUCCUUAAUGAAAGUGAACCCACUUUCAUGGAUUCAGAAAGUUUGCCAGUACAAAGCAAAAGUUGCUUGUGUAAAAUCCAGGGAUAUGCACUGGGCAUUAGUAGCACAUAGAGAUCAACGCGAUAUCAACCUUUCCUCACUCCGUAUGCUAAUAGUAGCUGAUGGCGCCAAUCCAUGGUCUAUUUCUAGUUGUGAUGCAUUUCUUAAUGUCUUCCAAAGCAAAGGCCUAAGACAAGAAGUCAUCUGUCCUUGUGCUAGUUCACCAGAGGCUCUCACAGUGGCUAUUAGAAGGCCAACAGAUGAUAGCAAUCAGCCACCAGGCCGGGGGGUACUGUCCAUGCAUGGUCUUACCUACGGCGUCAUUAGAGUGGAUUCUGAAGAAAAGCUUUCUGUGCUAACAGUGCAAGAUGUUGGCUUGGUGAUGCCAGGAGCCAUCAUGUGUGCAGUGAAACCAGAUGGAGUUCCUCAGCUCUGUCGAACAGAUGAAGUAGGUGAACUCUGUGUAUGUGCGAUUGCUACUGGUACAUCUUACUAUGGGCUCUCUGGAAUGACCAAAAACACAUUUGAGGUGUUCCCUAUGACCAGUUCAGGUGCACCAAUAAGCGAAUACCCUUUUAUAAGAACUGGACUGCUUGGGUUUAUUGGCCCAGGAGGACUUGUAUUUGUUGUUGGCAAAAUGGAUGGUCUUAUGGUUGUUAGUGGACGGAGGCACAAUGCAGAUGACAUCGUGGCCACGGCGUUGGCAGUGGAACCAAUGAAAUUUGUCUAUAGGGGAAGAAUAGCAGUGUUUUCUGUGAGCGUCCUUCAUGAUGAGAGGAUAGUUAUCGUUGCUGAACAAAGGCCAGACUCUACAGAGGAAGAUAGCUUUCAAUGGAUGAGCAGAGUUCUGCAGGCUAUAGACAGUAUUCAUCAAGUGGGUGUUUAUUGCUUAGCCCUGGUACCAGCAAACACACUCCCAAAGACUCCCUUAGGUGGAAUCCACUUAUCAGAAACGAAACAGCUUUUCCUGGAAGGAGCAUUGCAUCCUUGUAAUGUGUUAAUGUGUCCACACACCUGUGUAACCAACCUGCCUAAACCAAGACAAAAACAGCCAGAAAUUGGCCCUGCCUCUGUGAUGGUGGGGAAUUUGGUCUCUGGAAAAAGAAUCGCUCAGGCAAGUGGCAGAGAUUUGGGACAAAUAGAAGAUAAUGAUCAAGCCAGAAAGUUCCUGUUUCUCUCAGAGGUCUUACAAUGGAGGGCACAAACAACACCUGACCAUGUGCUUUAUACACUACUAAAUUGUAGGGGGACAAUAGCAAACUCUCUAACAUGUGUUCAGCUACAUAAGCGAUCUGAAAAGAUAGCAGUUAUGUUGAUGGAACGGGGACAUUUACAAGAUGGUGAUCACGUUGCUUUGGUCUACCCUCCAGGAAUAGAUUUGAUUGCUGCAUUUUACGGGUGCUUAUAUGCAGGCUGCGUGCCAAUCACAGUUCGUCCUCCACAUCCACAGAACAUCGCAACCACGUUGCCUACAGUGAAGAUGAUUGUGGAGGUGAGUCGGUCUGCUUGUUUAAUGACAACACAAUUAAUAUGUAAAUUGUUACGAUCACGAGAAGCAGCAGCAGCUGUGGAUGUCAGAACGUGGCCCCCUAUAUUAGACACAGAUGAUUUGCCAAAGAAGCGGCCUCCUCAGAUCUACAAACCAUCUAACCCUGACAUGCUGGCUUAUCUUGAUUUCAGUGUAUCCACAACUGGAAUGCUAGCGGGGGUGAAGAUGUCUCAUGCAGCCACUAGUGCCUUCUGUCGUUCUAUUAAGCUGCAGUGUGAGCUUUAUCCUUCUAGAGAAGUUGCUAUCUGUUUGGACCCUUACUGUGGACUUGGGUUUGUCCUUUGGUGCCUCUGUAGCGUUUAUUCAGGACACCAGUCUAUUUUGAUUCCUCCCUCAGAACUGGAGACCACGCCUGCUCUCUGGCUCCUGGCUGUGAGUCAGUACAAAGUGAGAGACACUUUUUGCUCUUACUCUGUGAUGGAACUUUGUACCAAAGGUCUCGGUUCCCAAACAGAAUCACUGAAGGCAAGGGGACUGGACCUCUCAAGAGUACGGACAUGUGUAGUUGUGGCAGAAGAACGACCUCGAAUAGCUUUGACACAGUCUUUUUCAAAGCUUUUUAAGGAUUUGGGCCUACACCCCAGGGCUGUCAGCACAUCAUUUGGCUGCAGAGUUAACCUAGCUAUAUGCUUACAGGGGACAUCUGGGCCUGAUCCAACCACCGUGUAUGUUGACAUGAGGGCCCUCAGACACGACAGAGUACGUUUAGUAGAAAGAGGAUCGCCACAUAGUUUGCCCCUCAUGGAAUCAGGAAAGAUCCUCCCUGGUGUUCGUAUCAUUAUUGCAAAUCCAGAAACAAAGGGGCCCCUGGGAGAUUCUCAUCUUGGAGAGAUAUGGGUUCACAGUGCUCAUAAUGCCAGUGGCUAUUUUACUAUCUAUGGAGAUGAGUCCUUACAGUCAGAUCAUUUUAACUCAAGACUUAGUUUCGGAGAUACACAAACCAUCUGGGCACGGACUGGCUACCUGGGCUUCCUGAGAAGAACAGAACUUACAGAUGCAAAUGGAGAGCGGCAUGAUGCACUUUAUGUAGUAGGUGCGCUAGAUGAAGCCAUGGAAUUGCGAGGAAUGAGGUAUCACCCUAUAGAUAUAGAGACAUCUGUAAUUAGAGCACAUAAAAGCAUUACAGAAUGUGCGGUGUUUACCUGGACAAACUUGUUGGUCGUCGUCGUCGAGCUAGACGGAUCAGAACAAGAAGCCUUAGACCUGGUUCCUUUGGUCACCAAUGUGGUCCUGGAGGAGCAUUAUCUGAUUGUAGGUGUGGUGGUGGUGGUGGACGUUGGUGUAAUCCCUAUCAACUCCCGUGGAGAGAAACAACGUAUGCACCUACGAGAUGGAUUUUUGGCAGACCAACUAGAUCCCAUCUAUGUGGCCUACAACAUGUAGUCUUGCAUCUUUGAGGCUUCUAUGGACUUUAGAUGUAUAAAACAUUUUUUGACAUACACUAAACAGUGUGCUGAUAAGAAAGGGACGCUCUUCAGAAUGGAACUGUUUCUAUUAGGACUCAUUGAAGCGCUCAUUAUUAGCAGGACAAAACAAAUGUGAAAUGUGUUUCUUUUACCACUGCAUUUUAGCACAGAAGGACUUUGGGGUACUGCCUUCAGUUUGUUGGAAAGCCCAUUAUUAGACUUUUUAAAAAAGAUUAUUUUUUGCUUAUUGGGAUGAUACUGCUUUCUAAGUAAUAUGGCUUUGUAUUUUAUGUUAAACUGAAGUAGCUUUUUUUUAAAUCUGCCCUCCAAGUGGAUAUUUUUGAACCGCUCAUAAUAAGGUUGAAUUGUUUCAGUUUUGCUUGUUUUUAAAUGUCCAUAAAAUCUUUUCCAAUAUGGAUCCAUUACUAAUUUUAAGCCAUUUUCUACUCCAUUGUCUUAGGAAAUGACAUUGAGGUACGAGGAAAAUACCCAAAACAGCACCUUCUCAAAUUAGAGUUUUAACAGCUUUUUCUCCUGGAAAUGCUGAAAAUUCAAAGGUGGAAAGAGCCUUUGAUUAUUAGUGUUAGAAUAAACAGAAAUUUAUAAAUAAGGUGUAUUUCGGCAAUGAACUUGCAGAUAUCUUUGUACUAAACUAAAAAGAUAAAAUAAGUUAACUAUGUCUGUAAUUAUGUACAAAACCUUUAAUUUAUUUUGAUCUCUUUAGAAGUAUAAAAGAGAAACAUUCAAGAAUAUUAAGCUCUUGUAAUGUUUGCUAAUAUAAAAAAAACAAAAGGGGUUGUAUUAUCUUGAGUGGAUAGUAUCACAUCGAAUAUAUAUAUAUGAAAUAUAAAUUCACUAAUGACAAAAAGAAAAAAAGAUUUUAAAGUUUUAAAAAGGAUGCAGUACUCAUCACUUGCAUGGUGUCUCUUUUCCCACUGUAGAUAAACAAACAUUAUUCACAAACUUUUGAGGGGGAAAAAAGCAGUCCUGGAUUCCUAAGUAUCCCUGUCUAAAAAGAAUCUUCCAAAUACCAGCAAGUGACACCAUUAUUCUGCCUACAAGGCAGUGAGUGAAUUUUUAAGGUCGCAGUCCUGCCUCCUUGCCUGUGCAGAAUAUAGGAUGUGCAAUGGUUUCUGUAGAGUGCCAAGAUGAAGUUCUUCUUUCCCCACCAGCUGCCACCAGGUCCAGCUGCUCUUCCAAGCUUGCUGUGUAUUUCAGCAAAACCACUAAGGCAGCAUCCGCACUACUGUUCCCAGGAUUCUGAACCAUUGAUCCAUGGCAGUUAAAGUGGUGUCAAACCAGAUUAUUUCUGCAGCCUAAGUUUCCUCUGCAGCCUUCUCAUACUUAAGCCCCCACAGCCCAGUCCCUGUUCUUCCCCAGUUUGUGGCUCUACUUCUGCCUGGAUUCUGGAAACUGGGAUAACAGUAGAAGCAGGACUUUGGUGUCAGACCUCUUCUGCUGCAGUGGGAACAGGUUUAGCCAAUCUGCUUGGAAGAUCACCAGCACAGACCAGUUGCAGACUCCACUGGUAGGGAUCUGGUAUAUAAGGCCCUAUGGGAGCCAUUCCACAUCCUGCUUUCUAUGCACCCAACAAUGUAGGAUUUGCUUUGCGGCCAAAGACUUGUAACAGUGCACUACGAAGGAUUCUUUUUCUUUAUCGUGGAGGUGACAAUAACUAUCUGUGCUGGCAUGUAUGUUCAUACACUUCUUAGACAUUAGAAAAAGCAGGUUUUGAAGAAUAGCACUGUUUUUCUUAGCUGCAUAAUAUUGUUGCACAAUAUUUGUCAUCUUUCUUUUUUUUAAAGUUGGUGUUAUGUUUUUGUUAUAUUUUUUUUCUCGUGGUAAGGAAAUUUUGUUUGCUUGUUUCAGUGGUCAUUUUUGCACAAGAAUUUUCAUUUUUUAAAAAGAAAUCUCUUUGCCUCUCUACUGGCUCCACUGUGUUUAGUUUGGGAAAGAGGGGUGAGGGGCAAGGAUCCUUCCACUUCACACUUUGUAGAAAGUUGUUGCUCUUAAAUAGUCUCUCUUAUAGCACAUUUGUUAUUGGAGAAUAGCCUAAAAGCCGCUCUAAACUAUUUGGCACAACCAGGUGCGACUGCUAACACGUCCUUAAUGCCAAACAGACGAACUGAAAUUGACGAUGCGAGUAAUCCCAUCCCUCAGUUCCAAAAGGAAUCUGCCGACAGAAGAACAGAAAAAUGCAUGGAUCACAGCUGCCUUUUGUAUGCGUGGAUGUGUUUUAAAUUUUACUCUCUCUAGUUAAACCGACUCUUCCGUUUCUAGCUCCAUUGUCUUCCCUUUUUUUUUUAACGCUUAUUUUAGGUUUAUCCCAGUGUUAACCUGGUUGACCUGUGUCUGAUCUCAAGGUGAAAUUUAAACAAGAGCAGUCCAAGAAUACUAUUUAAAAAAAUAAAUAAUAAAUAUGAUUAAAAUAAUGUUAACUUGCUGGCAUUCAUUACAGAAUAUGCAUGACCAAGACAGUGGCAGGACAAAAGCUACACGAUCUUUAUAUAACAUGUAUAAGGGAAAUAUUUUUGGCUACCAUUGUAGACAUCAUUUGAUUUGGAAGACCCAAAUUUGUUUUUUGUUUUUUUUAAAGGGACGGGUGGGCUUUCUUAAAGAUAUGGGAUGGUUUUUGUCUGCAUGUGGAAUACAGAGCAUCUCAACAUGGCAAACUUCUUAGGGAUUUUUUUU